AUGUCCGGCUGGGGAUGGAGCAACAUGUUCGGCGGUAGUGCCGCCGCAAAGAAGGAUGCCCCGAAGAACGCCAUUUUGCGGUUGCGGAGCACACUGGAGAUGCUGUCGAAGCGAGAGAAGCAUUUGCAGAACCAGAUGGACGAGCAGGAUGCGGUAGCCAGGAAGAAUGUGACAGCCAACAAAGCACUCGCAAAGGCCGCACUGCGAAGGAAGAAGGCGUUCGAGCACCAGCUGGAGCAAACGAGCGCUCAGAUGAUGACAGUCGAGCGGGAGAUAUCUUCCAUCGAGACGGCCAACAUCAACAAGGAGACACUCGACGCCAUGAAGGGAGCCCAGCAAGCUAUGAAGAAGAUCCACGGAGACCUUUCGAUCGAGAAGGUGGACCAGACGAUGGAAGAUCUCAGAGAACAGCAUGCCAUUGGCGAAGAGAUUGCGGACGCGCUCACACAAGGCAAUGCAGCACAGGGAGUGGACGAGGACGAGCUGGAGGACGAGCUCGCAGAGCUGCAACAGGAGGAGCUGGACAACAAGAUGCUCAAGACCGGAAGUGUUCCUGUGUCGGAUCAAAUACAAAGGCUACCGAACCAGCCUGUGGGAGAGCUUCGCGGCAGGCAACAAGUCGAAGACGACGAAGAGGAAGAGUUACGGAAACUGCAGGCCGAGAUGGCAAUGUGA